AGAAGAGAACGCAAAAACACACAUCAUUUUGCUAUUGUGUUUCCUAUAUGAUCCUCCAGCCAGGAUCUGAUCAGUGAGUCUACUCUCUCCAACGAAUUCAUAUGUAGUAUACUUUUUCCAAUCGAAAAUUAAUGAUUCAUAUGUAGUUGCUAGUUGGCUCAUUUUUCUCAAGAUUGGUUGGGUGAAUGUUAAAAGAGAGGGACGUGGUCACCACAACUUUGUUUCCAUACUCGACGACACCUCACCUUUGGUUUAGAAAAUCUUGAUGAAACACAAACACAUAAAAUAAAGAGAAAAGAGAAGAAAGAAAGAGUGUAAAAGUCAGACGGAAGGGUAUACUAGUCAUUUCGUAACGGAAAGACUUUUACAGUAAUCUAACAGCCGCGUUUGACAAUAUUUUUUCCUCCGGAGAUUUAGAAAGUAAUAAGGAUUCUUCUCCGAUUCGUUCCAUCGUCAAUCGAUUGAUUCGCGCAUAAUUUCAGAUCGAAACAGUUGGGUGGGUUGUGGAUCGAUAUUAAGCAAGUUUUGAUCAGAGAUGGCUGAUAUCGUGAAGCAGAUCUUAGCGAAGCCGAUCCAACUGUCUGACCAGGUGGUGAAAGCGGCUGAUGAGGCAAGUUCGUUCAAGCAGGAGUGCGCAGAACUCAAGGCCAAGACAGAGAAGCUGGCAGGCCUUCUCCGCCAGGCUGCACGCGCCAGUUCGGAUCUCUACGAGCGCCCCACUCGGCGUAUAAUAGACGACACGGAGCAGAUGCUGGACAAGGCUUUCUCCCUGGUCCUCAAGUGCCGAGCCAACGGCAUCAUGAAGCGCGUCUUCACCAUCAUCCCCGCCGCCGCCUUCCGCAAGAUGUCUGCUCAGUUGGAGAAUUCCAUCAGUGACGUCUCCUGGCUCCUCCGCGUCUCCGCUCCCGCCGAGGACCGCGGCGACGCUGGUUACCUUGGUCUCCCUCCCAUCGCCGCCAACGAGCCAAUCCUCUGCCUCAUCUGGGAGCAGAUUGCUCUUCUCCACACCGGAUCCCUUGAAGACCGCUCCGAUGCUGCCGCUUCCCUCGUUUCCCUCGCCCGUGACAACGAUCGCUACACCAAGCUUAUCAUCGAGGAAGGAGGCGUGGGGCCUCUCCUUAAGCUUCUCAAGGAAGGCAAACCCGAGGGGCAGGAGAACGCUGCUCGUGCGUUAGGCCUGCUUGGUCGAGAUCCCGAGAGCGUGGAGCAUAUGAUCCACGGCGGCGCCUGCUCCGUCUUCGGCAAAGUCCUCAAAGAAGGACCUAUGAAGGUCCAGGCCGUCGUUGCCUGGGCUACCUCUGAGCUUGUCUCCAAUCACCCCAAGUGUCAAGACAUGUUCGCUCAGCACAACGCCAUUCGCCUGCUUGUUGGUCACUUGGCGUUUGAAACCGUCCAAGAGCACAGCAAGUACGCCAUUGCCAACAACAAAGCUACUUCCAUUCACCACGCGGUUGUUCUCGCCAAGGAGAACCCUAAUUCCACCCCUUCCCACUCCACAGCCCUGUCCAAGGGUUUGGACGAUGAUCAGAGCUCCAUUCCACAUCCCACGGGGAAGCAAAUGCCCAAUCAGAUGCACAAUGUCGUCGUCAACACCAUGGCCAACCCUCCCAAGAAGUCUACUAGCAAUGGUGUGUUCCAGAGUAAAGGCGUUGUUAAGCCCCCUUGCAGUAGCCUACAGCAGCACCAGAAUUCCACUUCCAAGACUCGAGAGCUGGAGGACGCAGCCACCAAGUGUCAGAUGAAGGCCAUGGCUGCCAGGGCUCUCUGGAAGCUGGCCAAAGGCAACUCCACCAUCUGCAAGAGCAUCACAGAGUCGAGAGCUCUCCUUUGCUUUGCUGUUCUCAUAGAGAAGGGCAAUGAAGAGGUCAGAUACAACUCAGCUAUGGCAUUGAUGGAGAUCACCGCUGUUGCAGAGCAGGACGCUGACCUUAGACGCUCCGCAUUCAAGCCUAAUUCCCCUGCCUGCAAGGCUGUGGUUGAUCAAGUGCUUAAAAUCAUUGAGAUUGCAGAUUCUGAACUACUUAUCCCCUGCAUGAGAACCAUAGGAAACCUUGCAAGAACAUUCAGAGCAACAGAGUCAAGGAUGAUUGGGCCUUUGGUGAAGCUUCUGGAUGAAAGAGAGCCUGAAGUGACAGGAGAAGCAGCUGUUGCCCUCACAAAAUUCGCAUGCACGGAGAAUUACUUGCACAAAGAUCACUCGAGGAGUAUAAUAGAAGCUGGAGGAGGGAAACAUCUGGUUCAGUUGGCCUACUUUGGGGAGAGUGGAGUUCAGAUUCCGGCAUUAGAGCUCCUAUGUUACAUAGCAUUGAAUGUACCGGACAGUGAGCAGCUGGCAAAGGACGAGGUUCUAGCAGUGUUGGAGUGGGCUUCGAAACAGUCUUGGGUGACACAGCUGGAGAGCUUAGAAGCUCUGUUGCAGGAGGCUAAGGGGAGACUGGACCUGUACCAGUCAAAAGGAUCAAGGGGUUUCAAUUUCAAUUGAUUCAUUUGUUUCCAUUUUGGAUGUCUCUUGUGUUCUCUCUGCUUGUAUUUCAAUUGCACGCACGUUUCAAUUGUUUCUCUCGGCCUUGUUUAAUAGCACCUACGUGUAAAGCAAGAAGUUUAAAGGAUGGAGGUUUUUUUGUAGCUGUUCUUCUCUCUCUCUCUCUGUUUGAUAUUUUUCAGUAUAUAUUCCUAAUAUCUGCAGACGAUAUCAAUGAUUGUUUGAGCCUUUUUUUGAAGAAUAGUUCUUCUGGAAUUGGGAUGAGAUUUUAGAGGGAUGAUGACUGCGUGUGAAAACAGUCA